GUUAUCCAUAGUCAACUAAUACACAUGCAUCCAUUUAGUCACUGAAAUAAUAAGGUGAAUCUGUUGUAAUUAGAUCAGUGCCACAUAACCUGUGAUAAUGUUAUCAAAUCAUGUCUGAUUGGCAUGCCAAUUCUGGUUCCACAUACAUUUUCGAGAGUUAUACUUCGGUUUUAAUUAUUAAAAAAAUAUUAGCAUUUAUGCAUGCACAUGUGAAGACUGAAGUAACCAUUCUGGAUUUAAUCAACAAUUAGUUCUAUUGGUCUACAAGUAGUUAUCUGAAAACCAAAGUGAAAACAUCUAUCAGAAAAAUGCCAAGAAUUUUAGUAACCGGAGGAGCAGGAUAUGUUGGGUCGCAUACUGUGAUAGAACUGAUAAAUUACAAAUUUGAAGUAGUUGCAGUGGACAACAUGGUCAACGCUAUCAUGGGUGGAAAAGGGAAACCAGAAAGUCUUGCGAGAGUUGAGAAAUUGACAGGGGGUGUGGUCGACUUUGAACAAGUUGACAUUCUCAAUGAAAAUGAGCUGGAACAAGUUUUUGCAAAUAAGGGUCCAUUUGAUUGUGUCAUCCAUUUUGCUGCACUGAAAGCAGUUGGAGAGUCCUGUAAAUUGCCUCUGCGAUAUUACAGGAAUAAUGUAAUCGGCAGCAUAAAUUUGUUGGAAGCAAUGUCCAGGCAUAAUUGUAAAAAUAUUGUAUUUUCAUCAUCCGCCACUGUCUACGGUCCACCACAAUAUUUACCAAUUGACGAGAAACAUCCCAUCGGAAGUUGCACUAAUCCUUAUGGGAAGACCAAGUUCAUGAUUGAGGAAAUAAUGCAUGACAUGUGCCUUGCUGACCCAGAAUGGAAAGCUAUAAUGCUGAGGUAUUUCAAUCCUGUUGGGUCGCAUCCUUCUGGAGAGAUAGGUGAAGAUCCUUGUGGCAUUCCGAAUAAUUUAAUGCCAUAUAUUUCACAAGUCGCAGUAGGAAAGCGGCCAUGCUUGCAAGUUUAUGGAAACGAUUAUGAAACCAAGGAUGGAACUGGGGUGAGGGAUUAUAUUCAUGUAAUGGACUUGGCGGAAGGUCAUGUUGCUGCAGUUCGGAAAAGUUUGGAUAAAGACUUCCAGGGAUGGACGGCAUAUAACUUGGGAACGGGACAAGGAAAUUCUGUUUUGGAGGUGGUGUCCGCGUAUGAGAAAGCAUCAGAGAAAAAUGUUCCUUAUGAAUUCAUGCCAAGACGGGGAGGCGAUAUUGCUUCUUCUUUUGCUGAUUGUUCUCGGGCUGAAAAGGAAUUGAACUGGAAAGCUAAAAAAUCAAUUCACGAUAUGUGUGCUGAUGCAUGGCGGUGGCAAUCAAAUAAUCCUAAUGGCUUCCAGAUACCAUAGUGUUUGAGAUGAUCCAUUUGACAAAAUCCCACUGCGUGCCUUAUUCUUUCUAGCUAGAAGUAAAUACCUUCAUGUAUUUUGUAACACGGAUUUUAAACAUGUUUCAAAACAUAUUUUAUUUCAAUCUUAUAAGUAUACACCUCUUGUUGUAUAGAGCUCCAUGGUAUACAUUUAUAAUGGGCCAAUAUACAAUGACCAUACCAAUUUGUACUACUGUUAAUAAAAUCUAUUUGCUAAACUA